GACGCUUCCGAAGUCGACGCUUCUAUCCCCUCUUUCACCCACGAACAAGCAAAACGAUCCUCGUCUCAAAUCAAACCCCGACACCCGUAUAAAAUCACGCCCUCCCGGCGUCGGCAUGUAAUGCCAAGAUCAUCGGCCGGGUCGAACCCAGAAGAUUUUCUCGCCAAAGAUCGAAGCUUUUCCUCGGCCGGAGAAUUGGGUCGGCGUCUUCUUCCCCUGAGGAAGAUGAAUUUCAGGAGCUUCGACGAGUUCUGGCCCUUCUACGUGACCCAGCACUCGAAGCCGGCCACGAGGCGGUGGCACUUCGCGGGAACGCUCCUGAGCACCGCCUUCUUGAUCUACGCGGCCGCGUUCAACUGGUGGUUCCUCCUCCUGGUCCCCCUCGCCGGGUACGGCCUCGCCUGGUACAGCCACCUGUUCGUGGAGGGCAACGUCCCCGCGACGUUCGGGCACCCGCUCUGGUCGCUCCUGUGCGAUUACAAGAUGUUCGGCCUGAUGCUGACCGGGAAGAUGGACAGGGAGAUUAAGCGGCUCGGGAAGAGGCCCAUCUUGAAUGGCUUCUGAAUUUGGGGGAUGUCUGGCGUUGCUGUCAACAGGCUGUGGGAUAGGUUUCAAAUUCCAAAACUUUGUUUAGAGUGAGUAUCGCUAAUAACAAUAGCCUACCCACCUUUGAACUUGGAUACCCCUGAUGUUUACUACAUGAAUUACACCUGAUGUUGUACUUAAACUCCUUGACUUGGUGUGUACAAAAAUAAAAAAAUGACCUCUUCAGGAUAAUUUGUCUCAAAGCCUUAUUCUUAUACAAAAUCGAAGUGGCUACAUGCCAACCGACUGUGUUGGUUAAUCACGAAAGUGCUGAAUUUGCCUUGUGUUCCACUCCAAAUUGAAGGUGGAAGGGCCUUAAAGAGUUCAUAUAUGAUUCGAUAUUAGUUAAAGGAACUUGUGGUUUUCCAUCUUCAACCUUUCCCUGCUGGAUAAAUCUCCUCUUGUUUGUAACUUUUUCUUUCAGAAAUGGAGGAAUUUAAGGGUGAAGAGUCAUUGAAUAAAGUAUCUGCAAUGCUGUUUCCUGGAAAUGUCACCAUUGAUAUUAUCAGUGGUGCUUAUUUUGGUCAUUUUCCUUUUAUUUUUGGCCUACUGGGGAGAGAGAGAAAGAAAGAAAACAUAAGAAUGAGGCAUUUAGCUUGUUUAUUUGAUCAUUGCCUUGCUAGGAAAUUUGAGUCAGGGUUUGCUGUUGGCAUGCCAAGGCAGACACCGGGCAAGCUAUCUAUUUGGUCAAAAAAGAAAAAAAAUAUGUUCAUUGUUCCCUCCUAGAUUGAUUAAAUGAGACUGGAGUGGACCUUCAGAAGCAUAAUACUAGCCUGUCUUGUCCAUUUCAAGAAUCCACGACGCUCAAUUAGAGAGAGAUGACCAAUCUAGAAUAGCACUUGGAUUGUGAGCCAAUAUGAAUCCUAUAACUUUUUGCAUUUUCCCAUCACAGCUGACUGUCCAAACCAUUGUGGGGCAUUCAUGAGUGCAGUAUAUGUUUCUGUGAUGCAUGUGCAUUUUUCCGAACCUCACAUAUUUUGCAUCAGGGAAUGGCUGGGAUUUCUGUUUACCUAAAUGUGAAAGCUAAUUUACAAGACUAUGUCCCAUGGCAAGUUGAAAAGUUGUGGCAGGAGAUAACCUUUUCGAGGAUAAGUGAAGCAAAAACUGGAACUUCCGAAGAAUAAGUAACAGCUCUUGUCAGCAUUGUAAUGCCCCCCAGUGUUUUGAUUCUUCACUUGGUAUGCCCUGGAUUCUUGGUUCUCUGCUUUGCAAACCUCGUGGAUGAUAUAUCGCCUCUUCGUCUUUUGAAUAAGAGAGCAGAGGGGGUGCGCCACAAACGACAGAGGCAAGCAGGAACUUUUUUCCAGCUUUGAGACAUGAUGCUGAUAAACAAACAGAUGACACCAUAUCUUUCCACAGAUCAGUUGUUUCUAGCAAUUUGCUCCAUAAAAGGAACCUUUUCUUCCGUUGUUGUGGUUUGAUAGUAUUGUUGUUGAGUAUUGUGCAUUUUACAGUCGACACACCUCAUUCUUA